AAGUUUUCAUCAAAUCCAAGCCUCUCGACUAGUGGACAGUAGGACAUCAGGAGCUCUGGAGAGAGGACGAUAGAGAGCCGAACCGGGGCCUAUAAAAGAGACGCUAACGCGGCCCGUGGCGCCUCCACCAACUGCCGGUCAACGUCUGACUGAACUCGCCGAGGAAGGGCACGUCUCCUCCGAUGUUUCGCUCGUCCGGUCUCUUCGCGGAUGUGAAGUGUCCCUCCCCGGGACUCGGGCACUGUGAGCGGCCUCACUGCUUCUACAAACAUGGCUCUCGGCAGCGGAACGUCUCCACCGCCGCCUCCUCUCAACCCUCCGCGGUCCCCUCAGCAGAAGUCCAGAAUUGCUACCAGUCAUUUGUCUGUGGAUCCCCAGCGAGCGAUGACACCACAGACGACAAUAUCCAAGAGCUGUUACGGAUCAACAAGGAGAUCGAAGCUGUGAGGCACGAGGUGGAGCAGGAGCAAAGACGACUGUCACACUACCAGACCAUACGGUCAGACAGCAGAAACACUGUGUCCAAGUCUGAGACUACAGGUAAACGACUGGACAGACAUCCUCUGUCAUCACACUCUGACUUCAAAAAGACUUACUCGCGGACAAGGAAGUACGUUGUUGACAACUCAAAACCAAGGACUGACCUGGAGUAUGACCCCCUGUCCAACUUUUCAGCUGACUUGCGGUCCUACAGCUCGUCCAGUAAGGAGCAGAAAGUGAAAAAUGCACAAGUUAUUAAUGGAGAGAGAGAAACUGUGCUGAGUGACCAAAAGAAGCCGGUCGCUCAGGCUCCGUUUUCGCAAAAGCCAUCUCCAGGGCUACUCGAGGAGCCUAUUGAAGACAGUGUCCUGAUUAUAGACAUUCCUCCCUCACCUGACCAAACAAGAGGCCAAUCUCAGAAACUUGACUGUGUUGCUGGCAGUGCCCAUGGUUCAGUCGAACAACUGAAGGAAAAAGUUCCCAUUGCACUUGAUUCUCCGCUGCUGCGCCUUGCAGAAGCUGAGGCUUACCAGGUCACAUCUCCACGGGCAACAAAGCUAGAAUCACAUAAAGUUGAUAAUUGCAGUGUGGAAAACAAUCAAUAUCCAUCUACUCUUUAUGAGAAUAAAGGAUGGGAAAACAUACCAGUUGAUGGGAGUGUAAUUGACCUAACUGGAUGUUUAGAAGAACUGGAAAAUGAAUGUCAGAAAAUCUCUUAUCAGGCUGCGGAAACAGAAGUCCACGACAUUCCUGAGCCUCUAAGUCCUGCUACCUCCUCACACCAACAAUAUCAGAGUUAUGACAAUCUGGGCAUUGCAGAGGAAGAAAAUGUGCCUCAGGUCAAAUGGCCUCUCUGUGAGGUAUCCUCUAGUGUUGAGGCAACGAAUCCACUGCAGUCAAAUUAUUUUCAGUGGAAGCAUUCAAAUUCAUAUACAGCUCCGGCUGCAAACUCAGGGUCACCCUGCAGGAAACGCAACACCCAGACAACAGAGAUGCAGGUUCACAACCACCUGUCUCCCAAGCGAAGUGCACCGCCACUGGUGUCAGGAAGCCAGGAAACGUCAGGCACAAUACCAGGACAGAUUCAGGGGGGUUCUCUCAUUAACCAGGCGUCAGCUGUAAUAUACCAGGCGCAAGCAGAACCAGCUUCAGGCAGCAACCAAUAUCAAAACUCUUCAUCGACAUCGGUCAACUCGUAUUUGAUGAACAGAGGUGAUUCAACAUUUGAAACCACUGAGGAGCUUUUGGUCAAGGAAGGUCAAGAAGAGGUUAUAAUAAUCUCCAGCUCCGAGGACGAGCAAGAGCUCAACUAUUCAGAUAUGGAGCUGUCAGAUAGUGACCCAAUGGAAGAGUGCUACAGGAUCUUCAUGGAGGCAAAUAAUGAGGAUAAAGGAAAUAAAGAGAAACCUGAUGUGUCCGUUGCAGCAAUGGAAGUGGAUAAGACUGAAUUGACCACCACACCUGAAACUUUACUUGGAAAGAAGAGGGUGGCACAUGAAGCCAAACAUGCAGAGCAGCCGCUGGCAAAGAGCAGACCUCAAGCCAAGAUUUUGAUCCCUCUGCGUGAACCAGCAGCUUCAGGAUCUGGCUCCCAGUCCGCCAUCCCUUCAAAGAUCCUGCCGGCACAGCAGAGAGCCUCCUCGGUGACUGCUUUAGUUAAGGGUGCUCAGGCUUUUGCUUCCUUCUCGUCUCAGAAGAAGCCAGAAACCCAGACUACUGCUUGUCCUCCUCAGACCCCUGCAAACAUACAACCAGCCCCUGUGCAGAAUGCUUACAUAAACUACCUUCCUUUGGGAACUCCUGUGAUCCAAUUAGGAAGCAACUUGCACUUGAUCCUCCCAGAGGGCACCUUUCCUCUGUCUGUUACUUCAGGGUCCUGCCCUGUUUCUUCCAUGCUGACCCCGGUCACUCCAGUGCACAUGAGCACUAUGAAACAAACAUGCCAUAAAGCUGCAGUAACUCCCGUGCAAAGAUACCAUCCGACAGCACCCGUGCUCAUUCCUGCUCCGACGCGUAAAACGUCCUUGGCCCAUACUACGGCACAUGUACAUCCAGCUACCUCCACUACACCUCAACCUACUACUGCCGCCAAGCUUGUGCCUACAAAACGUAAACUGAAGCAGCAGAGCGGGGCCACCAAAGACAAAGUGCCCCAUGAUGUCAGACAGCGUUACGUCAACAUGUUUACAGAAGAGUUCCUCAAAACAACAGCCAAUGUCAACGAGGCCUUUGAAAAAGCUGUUGCUGAAGAGGAGACUGUGUACAAUCGCAGUGCCAACAAACUCAAAUAUCUGAGUAUUGCUGUGAAUUCACUGAAGAGGCUGAAGAAACAAAGUUGCGUUGCAUCCAAAGAUGAGAAUGAAGUCAAGGGCCAAAGAUCGAAAGGCAACAUACCCUUCAACCUGGAGCUGUUUCAAGCAAAUGAUGAUGUGGCUUUGUACGAGAGUUUGAAGGAUUAUAUUUUGACUGAGAGAAGGUUGAUAAGGUGCAACUAUCCUGUCCAGCACCCGGAGAAGGCCGGCUCUGCUGCUCUUUUUACCGACAAUAAGAAAGGCAGCACAGACCCCUUGAAGAGGAUCUGCUGUCGAUGUGGGGCCACGUACUCUGUUUGCCUAACAGGCAAACACAUCCGCAAGGAGGAGUGCAACUACCACUAUGGGAAAGUAGUAAAGAACAAAGUGCCUGGUGGAGUGGAAUCCCGCUACAGUUGCUGCCAAGGAGUGAUGGGAGCACCUGGAUGUCAGGUGUUUAAGUUGCAUGUCCAUGAUGCCAUCUCCAUGGAGGGUUUUGUGUCUACCAAGCAGAGACAUCCUAUGGAUAUGAGCUGUCCUGGAGUCUACUCCUUGAAUUGUGAAAUGUGUUACACUGUUCAUGGUCUGGAGCUGUCCAGAGUGACGGUGGUCAACUCUAGUUUGCAAGUCAUCUACGACACUUUCGUCAGACCUGAUCAAGAGGUCAUUGAUUACAACACAAGAUUUUCAGGCAUCGGUGAGGAAGACGUGAAGGGCAACUACACGUCCCUCAGAGAGGUGCAGGAGACGCUACAGAGCUUCAUUAGUGCUGACACCAUUCUGAUUGGACAUGGCCUGGAAGCAGAUCUCUGUGGCCUGAAGUUGCUCCAUGGGACAGUGGUGGACACAUCGCUGGUCUUCCCCCACCGCCUGGGCCCCCCCCACAAGCUCACCCUCAACAAACUGACAGCUGAAUAUCUUCGACGGAUCAUCCAAGAGAGCGUUUGUGGCCACGACACCGGCGACGACGCUGCCGCCUGCAUGGAGCUCAUGAUAUGGAAGCUCAAAGAAAGUGGAAAACUGAAAAAGUGAUGGAAAUAAAAAACAAGAAAGAAUCUCUUCAGUGUUCAGACAUGAAAAGACAGGAGCUGCAGUGCCGACCUACGUGUGAGGUUCUGUCAUCUCUGAAGGGCUGUUUAUUUAUUUAGUUUUUUUUAGUUUGCUUAUAUCACAUGAUCUGUAGUGUGCCGAGAAAACCUGAAGCAGUGGGGUCAUUUGUAAUAAUAAUAUCUAAGUAAAGGCACUGAACAAAUCCCUUGUGUGUUUAUUUUUGUUUUGUUUUUUUGUCGCCCAAUCUUUUAC